AUGACCACCGACAAACCCAACAUCCUCCUCCUCUCCCUCGCCUACCGCUCCUACCUCGACGAAACCUACACCACCCUCCUAAACCACCUCCUCGCCGUCUCAACCGUCAAGCGCGCAAAGACCGCCCCAGCCGCCCUCCGCGUCCUCCAAAACACCACCUUCAAAGCAAUCCUCAUAACAGACGAAGGCCUCACGCAGCCCUCCCCCGCGAACCGCGAAGUCCUCGCCAAAAUAAAAGCCUACAUAAAGGCAGGCGGCCUGGCCAUAAUCGGCCUGCACUUCCCCAACUUCACAAACAGGGACCAAUUCGAUCACUUCUUCAAGGGCAUGGGCGUCCCCUGGCAGCGCGGCGAUUACACCCGCACAACGUUCCAAUUUGUGCCCGAGGCCACGGUGCCGGCUAGCCUGAGGCUGGAGGCGCUGCCGGGCCCGUAUAGUAUGAAGGCGCUGCAUGUGCGUGGUGCGAGGUGCCAGGAGAAGAUGUUUGUGCCGGUUGAGGGGGCGGUGACGCAGAGUUUGGUUUUUGGGGCUGAGGGGGUGGAUGAGAUGCAGGCGGGGGUUGUGGGGGCGAGGAUUGGGAUGGGGGAUUUGGUUUAUUGUGGGGAUGUUAAUGGGGAGGAGGGGAGUGAUGCGGUUAUGUUGGCGCUUUGUGGGUUUUAG